AAGACGAAGGACGAACUAAGGACCAGGAAGGACAGCGAGUGGCCACUAGAUGGUCCUUCUUCCUUCGUGCGCGAAGGCUCUCGUGGAGAGUCCUGUGGACAACGCACAUAUGACGAACGAUGGCGACGAUGAUCGUGAUCCGCAUCGCCAUGGCCAUCGUGCGCCGGGGAACACGCGAAAAGGAAAAGAAAGGAAUGGGAAGCUGAUCGAGCGCCCUUGAGCGAAAAGGGUUUCGAUCCCCGAGCAUCGAUCCAAUCCGCGGGCUGAGCAGGCCGCCAAUGCCCCAGUGCAGUAUCAUGAUUUCUCCCAAACAUGCGCCUCCUCCUCGUCCAUGAUUGGGCCCGCGCGGUGGAAGAGACGACCCAGCCCUCCCAGGCGCCGAUUGGCCCAUCAGCUCGAAAUCUGUAUCAUGAUGUCAAACUCCACUCAGCCGCAUGUGCGCAUAGCAGCUACUCAGGCGAGUGAAGCGCGGCGCCUGCGGACCUGCGGCGUGGGUGUUUUCCGCUCCUGUGUGGACGAACCAGGUGCGGAUGCGGCAGCGAUGAGCGCAAUGCUGUUGGGGGCUGAACUUUUAGUUCUUGUCCAGGUCCAUCGUUUAGGGCUUCGCGACGUGUGUUUCGUGGGCGGAUGGAUGCAGACGACGAGAUCGAAUCUCAUGCCCAGUCGGUAUCGUCGCAGAGUUAGGUUACAGUGCACGUUUCAUCUAUCUACGUUUAGUACAGUUGUCAUCGGAGAAGGAGAAAAAAAGCAGGCACCAGUUAGACGAUGAAGAUGACGACAAUCACGAGGGAGGCUAUUCUUAUCCGUCGCUCGUGGUGAAAGCAGGAAACCAACAGGCGGCCAAUCAUUCCACCAACCAA